CUCGGGGCAUUCCGCCGCUCCCGGUCGAUCCAGACACCCUCGCGUUGGCUGCGGCCCUGCUGUUGCGUGGGCAGUACCGCAGUGGUGUUUUGUACUUGUCGUGCAUCAAGCGGCAGCACGUCAAGGCUGGGCACGAGUGGUCGGGGCAAAUGGCGCAGAUCUUCGGCGACGCUAAACGGGCCAUCCUUCGUGGACUCGGCCCCGCCAAGAGGGCAGAGCCGCUGCCGCUGGAGCAGUACGUAUCCGACGAUUUCAAGGCUAACGUCGCUGUUGCAGCGAGGCCGGAGUGGCCUGCUGCGGGAGUGGACGCAGCCGUGGUUGCGUGCGCAUGGCUGCUCCGCGAAGUGGAGAGCAGCUCGGCCUUCCUCAGGUCAGUGGAGCUCUUCGAGGCCGAGGGGGGGGAGGACGUUGUCGACGCAUCCCGGAGGCAUCGGGAUACGCAGUGUCGAGCUGAUUCCACCGAAGCCCAUAAUUGGCCGCUCCUCGUGGGCACGUUCGGCAGGCCGCUCACAAAGGCAUCGGUCGUGGCAUUCUACAAGGGGCUCACAGAGGCGGUCGGAGGGCGCAUUGAGCAUGUGUCGGGCCACUCUGCGAGAGUGACGGGUGCGCAGCGCGUGGCCAAAGUCCAGGCCGUUUCGGAGGAUGUUGUGGAGCGCAUCGCAGCCACUGUCCUUUCAAGGCUCAGGGACCCCGCCGGCUCGGACAAGGAGCAGUUCGAGGCCCUUGUUCGGAUCGUCGACGAGAAGUGCGACCAGGUGAGAGACGACGUGGCCGUCAUCACGGGCACCAAGCAGCCGGAGUACGUCGCUUGCAACGGUGGGCAGUUCCACAUGGUGUUCUCUCCCCAGCGGACCUUCUGCGGAUGGUCAUGGAGCAUCUCCGACUACGAGCCUAUCCUCAAGGAGCAGUGGGACAGUGCGCCCUGCGCAGGGUGCAUCGAACGGAAGAGAUUGAUUGGCGUGGCGUGUGUCAAGAGAUCCGUUGAGUACGUCUCCGUGCAAUUGCUGAGCGUCACCGGGGAGAUCGGAGACGAAGAUCGGCCCCUGACGCCAGACCCGGGCCAGCUGGGUGUCAGCAAGCGAGGGUGGGAGACCCGGGUCCAGGAGUGGCGCAAUAGCGUUUCGCGGCUCCUCGAUGCAGUGCCAGUGUUCGCGACUGCGAUGUCGGCGGCACUGGCGUUUGGUCUCUGGGUCGAGCCAUCGCUGCCUGCCGUGCCUGGCGUCGACUUCCUCCUGCUGGAUGGCAACUGCAUCCUGCUCGCGUACAGCGUUCUUACUGGAAAUUUCCACGGGUGCGUCAAUUAUUGUCGACGGUUUCCUGUUCGUCGCGGCUCGGUGCGCCAGUGCUGCGAUGUCGCCAAAUAUUUCGGAUUUACUUUCGUUCUCGUGCCCGCGGGAGAUGCGCUGCCCGGGAGACGCGGGCCUCCUCCUGGGAAGUACCUUUUUCAUUUUCGGAACCAUUGCCGCGCGGUGGCCGUCCUGCCGGACAUUGACGCGUCGGUCGUUUGGAGAGGCAUCAGCCACCAUUUCCCGCCGACCGCGCACUGGAUGCACUACGCGAACAACCUCGGGGGCGAGAUGGUCCUCAUCAGCGACCCGCUGGGGGCAGCGGGCCACGGGGGAGAAGGAACCUACGCGUGCCUCAGUCGGGCGUUAAAUGCGCUGGGGCCCCGCGUGCCGACUGCUGUCCACGGCCCAUUCCGCGCUCUGGAGCACGGGAAUCAAUGGUUGGUGGACCAAGGCUGGAAGUUGAUCCGGCAGGCGCGGGGCCCCACGGGCCCGGGGCGUUACGUCAAGUGGGAGCCGCUCCUGGACGACGAAGGACGACCCAAAAGAGUUGGCCAUUUUACAGUGGCUUUCUUGCGGUCAGUCGGCGUCGCUGUAAUCGAUCAUGCGCGCGGGCUGCCAGUGGUCCGCGAGUGGCGCACGCGGGGCGACAUCCCCGGCGUUGAGCGGCACAAGUGGUUCAAACUAGUUGAGCUCGGUGCCGACGAGCGCAGCCCCGAGCACAUCCGCGUUCUCCCCAGGGGAACAAGCGCGGACAUCAUCGAAUCACAUCGCCUCGACGCGCUCAUCCGUCGACGUGAUUCGCGAAAGCGGGCCAGGGAGCAGGGGCCAGAGUUUCGCGCUCCCGCGCUCGCGCCGCGGCUGGUGGCGCGGGUGGCAGGGAACCGCGAGGAGGCCCUGCGGCUCAGGGCGCUGCUUUUGUUUCGCCCGAUGCCGCCAGUGGGGUGGCCUGGCGUUGAAGUGCCCGAGGAGCCGCGCGAUUUCUUCCAGGAGCUCCCGCGCCUCCCGAAGAUCCGUCUGCUCGAGCGCCUCAAUGCGCGUCCUCGGGACGCCCGGCUGCUUUUCGUGGAGGAGUCCCACACGUAUUUCAUGGAUGGCUGGCGAACGCACGGAUCUGUCACGGGCUUGAUCCACGAGUACUCCCAGGAGUUCGACGCCCAGGCCGUGAUCCGCAAGAUGCGACGAGGUUGGAAUUGGCCCAGGCCAGAGAAUCUUCGCCACCCUCUUCCGGAAGCCGCAGUUUUAGAACUGCGGGCGAGGCCGGAGGCCGCGCCAUUGCACGCGUUGCUCGCGCGACGCAGUGCCACUGCAUCCGACAUAUGCGCUGCUGCUCAGGUGGCCUUGCGAGCCGCGCCGCAUUUGAUGGACCUGGUGGACGGCCUGGCCCUCGCAGAGCAGGAUAUCAUAGAACAGUGGCGCUUGGGCGGCGCAGAGGCGGCGAGGCGGGGCACGUGGAUGGAUUGGACCUUCGAAGCGCACCUCAACCGCAUUCCAGUGCCCGAUGCUUCAAUCGAAUUUCAAUUAUUUUCAACAUUCUUGUGCUCGCUCAGGGGUCUGGUGGCUUUCCGCACCGAGUGGACUAUCUUCGCAGAACACGAAGGGUUGGCCGGGUCAAUCGAUUUUGUGGCGCAGGACCUCGCGGGCCGCCUGCUCAUCUACGAUUGGAAGCGGUCCAAGAACUUACGCUCGAAGUUCACCCACCAGUGGGGGAGCAUGAAGUACCCGCUGGAACAUUUGCCAAACUGCCAAGGGCAGCAUUAUCGGGUACAGCUCAACAUUUACAAAUGGAUUCUGGAGCGUUACUACGGCGUCCAAGUGGCCUCGAUGUCGGUGGUCUGCCUGCGCCCAGACAAUGGCGACCAUCCAUUCGUUGACGACGCGCCCGAGAUCCCAGAGAUCGAGGACCUGAUGGCCAUUCAGCGUGACAGAUCGAGAGAAUUGCGGGCCAUGGCGUUGGCAGAUACCAGCGAAGUCGACCCUCUUGGUAGCAGUUUGAAGCCAGUCGCAGGGGCGCGCGCCUCGCUUCUCGUGGAUGCGAUCGCUGUCCGCGGCGACAGAGCAGGAUUCGAUCCCGACCCGCGGGGUGGCGUGGACGCAGGGGAUCUCGGCUUUGAUGCAUAUACUUUGCGGGUGGGAGAGAACGAGUCGGGCGCAGCUGAGCAAGGCGCCGAGGAAGAUGCCUCCGACGUCUCCUCAUUCAAGAGACGCCGCCUGAUGAGCGGCGCGCAGACGUCGAAGCAAGAUUAUGAGAAGUUGUUCCAGAAGUGCAGGAAGAAGUCCGAGGGCGGCCUGCGCGGAGUCGCCCAGGACACCAGCGGCCGCGACAGCACCUUCAUCGAGAAAACCAAGCUGAUGAGGAAGUCGGUCGAGGCGAAGUUCCCAUCUUGGAAAAGGGAGGUGCACGAGGACAUGAUUCGCCUGGCGUUCGGGGUUCUUACAACGUACCGCUUGCGUCUCGUUGACCUCUUUAUCCGCGAGUAUGUGUUCUUGAUGUGGAUUAUCCAGGGCGACCUCCACAUGACCGCCCACGAUGGAAAUUGCUGGUUCUACCAGAGCAGCAGCGGCGCCAUGCGACUGUACGAGGGGAUGCCGCCCGAGUCAGCAUUCGGCCGCGUGAAGGAUUACCUGCUGAAGCUAGAAGGAACUUUCAGGUUGAUGCCCGCGGACACCAGGCGGGAGGACAACAGCCUUUUAGAUGCCUUCGGCGCACUCGCCGGUGAGGACUUCGCAACGCUCUGUAAUCAAUGCAGGGACGCUGCUAUCUUCUCGAAAGGUUCUGGAGCGAACAGGAGGCGCCCGGCGCCCGAGAGCGGGGAAGCAGGACCCCCCGCGGCGGGGGCAGAGGAGGCACCGAGCAAGAUUUUGAAUAUCCAUACGGCCGAGGCUAUCAGCAAGAUCUGUAUUCAAUUGCAGAGAUCACUGUUGGAGGGCAAACUCAUACCAUAUUUCGUUGAAUGGUGUGAAACCCCAGACCCUCGAAAUGACCCCCAGUAUGUGCCUGGGUGCAGCUACAGCGACAUCAGCGUUCUGUACGAGAAGACCCGCGGCGGAGAGAUUGUCUCAAAGGUGAACAAAUCCCCGCGGAACAAAAUCUAUUUGUCCAUGCCGCACCCACUGAUGGACUCGGUCGAAGGGGCAAUGUGGGACGAGGUUACAACCUUCUAUGCUCAAUCAUUCUGGAGCAAUUUGAACGUUUUCGAAUGCUUCCAAGCUGCUCGGGCCCUGGCGAAGAGAGGGCUAAAUGUUGACCGCUGCUUCUUUGGCCGCAGCCCUGGCGGGGUUGGGCAAUCUCUGUGCAGCGCGCAUUUGAACGCCGUGUAUGCCCACAACCACAAGUACUUCGACCCGAAUAUAUGGUACGACGACGGCGAGCUGCGCAAGCAGAUCGAGCAGUACGCCGGGUGCAUCAUCAUGACCGGUCAGGAGUCGCCCGAGACCACCAGGCGGAUGCGGGACGACCUGUUCAAGAAGACGGUUUCUGGAGACGGCGUGGCCGGCAGGAGGCCGUGCGGCGUCAUCACCAGGAUACUGGAGUUAAUUGGGUGGACCAGAUUGGACAUGCACAAGCUUCUUCAGUUUUCUGGCGUCACUGAGAAGUCGUUCUGGGCCAUCCUUCGCAGAUCACUCGGGUGGGAGGCGAAGGCUGGCUUUUUCGACGCGGAGUUCUUGAGGGGGCACUACCCUGACCACGAGCUCGACGGCGUGUUUGCCAGGAAGCCGUACUUGAAAAAGGCGCUCGCCAGUCCGCCUGCCGUAGGCGUGGCGCUGAAAAUCCAAGACGGCUUUGAGCGCAACAACAACCGGGAACGCUGCGGGCAGAUCAUCGAAGAGUACGCCGCCCUCGGCGGCGACGGCGGCCGGACCGAGGCCAUGAUGAGAGAGGCCUGCGGCCUGAAGCCGCGCCCCCAAGGCGAGGGCGACAAAUUGCUUGGCUUGCGCUCCGUGAUGGGCCGGGGCGCAGAGGCCCCAGCAACGGCGAAGGACUCGGAGAAGGCCGUCGAAGCGCUACUGCCCGCAAUCACCGAGGAGUGCGUCCUGAGGAAGAAAGACAGCUUGAACUUCACCGCCUUCAAAAGGCUCAAGCUACCAGCGGUGCCAGGGCUCGAGGGUCAUGGCAAGGAGGACGUGUGGAACCUCUUGCGCAAGUCCAGCGUUGUGUUCGCGGUGAAGGCGUGGCCUUCUGGCGAGGGCGCGAUGCCGCGUCCUCCGAUCUCAAAGCCGUUUGCAGAUGAUUGCGACAGGGCCCCGUCGGGAUUGGAGAUGUCGUUCCCUGAGCGCUACGAGAUGGCCACGUUUCGGGAGUACGUUAAUGGAGCAGAGCACAGGAAACACAACGUCGGCAUUCUGCGCGAGCACCUCCAUCUCUCUUUCCCGCGGCUACACGGAGCCAUGAGCAAGGGCCUCGAGGAGGGUGGCAUCGCGCGGCGCAGCGUGGCGUACCGCAGCAUUCUCGCCGAUUUCCGGAGCCGCCGCGUGGCGGCCGAAGUGGCGGCUCAGUCUUGCUCCAGGAGAGCUCUGCAGCAAUUGGUGCCCAGCGCCCCAGACUUCGACAUAUCGAAUUGCAUGUUGUCAUUGACCAAGCAGUUACUUGAGAAGCUUGGCCUGGACAGCUCGCUCCCCGCCCGAUUGAGAGCGUUGCUCGCGAAGUGCGCCGAGCGGCGAGACACGGUGUGCACGGUCGAUCUGGGGGCCACCAAGCAGGAGGGCAAGCGGCUGCUCUCGGAGCUGCUUAGUGGAUCCGCCGCGCGGUACCUGCGUUGGUUGGCCUGCUCAUUGCUACCAGACGUGUACGACCAGAUGAGGAACGACCCGUCGAAAUCGCAUCCAGAGGCGUCCACCUUAUUCUACAUGUGGUCGGCCGUCGAAGACUUGGUGCUCUCGCGUUGGCUUGAUUUUGUUCUGCGGGAGCCUCGGUCGCACGUUUCCUGGCACUACGACGGCAUUCGGGUUCAGAAUCCAGCGGGCGACAUCGACGUGGAGGACUUCUGCGCGCAGAGUCGUGCGCACAUUGCAGCGCAAACAGGGUUCGAGGUGAACAUCCGGCAGAAGAUCCACAAGACUUUCUUCGAGCUGGUGCAGGAGAGCGGACGCCGUCUUGAAGACUGCAGUUCUGACGACGGCAACGACGUGGUUCUGCUGGCGGACGGAAAUUGCAUUAUCCUGGCACGCGCGCGUCUGAGCCCCGACCUGCGGGCCCCAGCAUCGGAGGCGGCGCGCUGUGGCGCCGGAGAACCGGGCAAGUUCAUCAUCCACGCGGAGGACAAUGGGAAGCCGCAUUGCGUUCCUUUUCAUGUUUCGUCUUUGAAUGAAGAUUGCACCUUCUGGAUGGGGCCCGCCAGAUACUCCAUCUCGCUGGCGUCCUUGAGGGAGUGCGCCGCCUCUGCCACAGAUGGGGCAACUCUCGUUACUUUCAGUUUCGAAUGGGACCCAUCGGCGCCAGACGGUCCGGCUCAGGGCACAGAUAAGAAGGCUUCCGGCAAGUUGCUGGAGCUCCGGGCUGGGGCCGGCGGCGAACCAGUCUCGUCUGACAGCACCCCGCUUGGCGAUUUCCUUGCCACUGCAAGGAAGGAGGUGUCCGUUUACUUGGACGGCCUUAGUGGGUACAGCAAGAGAGGGUCUGGCAAGAGUAAGUUCAUGCACUCGCUGGUUGAGCACGUGAAGAUGCACCACCAGAAGCGGGCGUCUUUCGUCCCUUACAAGUGCAACAAGAUGUUCCGCAUUGCGAAGGCCGUCUAUGACAGCGACCAGAUGCGCGGUAUUUCUGGCGAUAAAUAUCUGCAGAGGGCAGCGGCUCUGGCGAGCAAGGGGCUGUCCAAGAGGGCCCACACGCACCUGGACGAGCACAUGGUGCUCGUGUUAGAAGAAGGCGGGCCGAGGUACUACCCGCAAUCGGAGCUGUGCCAGAUGUCCGUUCGCCGCGUCGGCGACUGCUACUCGACGCGGGAGUUCUACAGUCAGCUUUAUAGAGAUGCAUUGUUGUCCGAUGGCCGCGUCGAGCGCGUCAUGAAUGCUGCUUUCCAGCGGUCGGAGUUGGAAGGGGACAGUUUUACUUCGCUGAUGACAAGUCACCAGACUACGUGGCAGAAUAUGAUGGCCGAUGUGUUCCGAGCUCCACAGGCGCGAGAGCACCUCGCCGGCCUGCUGGAGGAGUGCGAAGAUAACGGCGAGUUCCAGUGGGUGUCCAUCGACGGCGCUGCUAAACCCGCAUUUACUCUGGUCGGGCAAGCGUCCUACAGGUCGCCGCGGUGGGUUCGAGAAGAUCAGGCCGUUCCCAUUGAUGAUCAACUUCAUGUAGUUUUGACGAUGCGGGGCCGGACGGGCGCCGUACUGUUGGCGACGCCUGUUCAGACUGAGAAGACCGAAAACGUACGCAGUGCUCUUUCAUCGACAUUCUCGGCAUCGCAGCUGGCACACAUCCAGUACCUUGUCACGGACGAUCCGUCGGCAAAGCUGCUCGACGGGCUUCAAGAUGUCUGUGGCAACCUCAAGGCAAUCGCCCUGGACUGCUGCCACCUGGCCAUGGUCUACGAGCAGGCCAACUGGGAAAAUAAGAGUCCAGGGAGCAUUGACAUUCGCAGAAUCGUUGCGAAGCUGGAGGCAAAGUACGGCGCUGGACCUCGCGGAGACUUCUUCGACGGCACGAACGCCGCCGCGUCCACGCGGGGCGAGAAGAUUGCCCGCGGCGGCAUCGGGCGCAAAAGGCUAACUGCGAGGAAAGCAAAGCGGGUCCUGGACGGCAUCGACGUGAGCAAGCCCUUCCAGAGUCGCACCGAAAUCGUGCGAUGCAUAGAGGCCGUUGCCCACGUGCACCACAGGGAGACGAAGAAGACGCUGCCUUCAGGCAAAACGAGGUUGCAGAUGCUCAAGUGCGCCGCCCAACCAGAGAGGCUGGAGUGGAUGCUGAAUGCGGCCCGGAUUCGUUCCAGGAUGACGCGGGAAGAGCGCGUCUUCUUGCCCGCAGGAGCUGGUGAGUUGGUGGGGUUGGUGGAUUUGGUGGAGUUGGUGGAGCUGUCGGAGCUGGUGGAGUUGGUGGAGUUGAUGUUGGUGGCGUUGGUGGAGCUGGCGGAGCUGGCGGAGCUGGUGGAGUUGGUGGAGUUGGUGGGGUUGGUGACGUUGGUGGAGUUGGUGGAGUCUUACUUUGCAGUAUGUGGGCCUGUGGAGUCUCACUCCACCAACUCCACCAACUCCACCAACUCCACUAACUCCACCAACUCCACCAACUCCACCAGCUCCGCCAGCUUCACCAACUCCACCAACUCCACCAGCUCCUGGAGUUGGUGGAGCUGGUGGAGCUGGUGGGGGCUGGUGGGGCUGCUGGAGCUGGUGGAGUCGGUGGAGUUGGUGGAGUUGGUGGAGUUGGUGGAGUUGCACGGCGCCCUGGAGAUGGCGCGCGCGCGGCUGCAGCUGGGCGAGACGCUGCUCGCUUACCUGCGCGCAUUGUCUGCAGACCAGAGCGCGCUACGGAGCUUGUGUAAGUGGCCGGGCAUCGAGGCUAACCUGGGCAAGUGCUGCCUGUUGAACCGAGGCACGCCCCUGGGCACCGAAGCGUCCGCGGCUUUGCGGACGCAGAAGAGGACGGACGAGGGGCGCAGCUCCCCACGCGAUCUCCCCAACUUGCCGAACCUUGGGUGCGCUUGGGAGCUGCUGUACUGCGCGGUGCCGCGGUGCAACCACGUCCUGCUCACGCUGCCUACGUCGCUGUCGCGGCCCUACGCCGAGUUCCCCGACCGCGGGCUGCAGGAGGCGCUCCACAGCCGGCUCGACCUCAACCCUGGGCCAGUUGACGCAGAGAGACCCUUCCGAGCGAGCUCGCUACCACUUGGCCUCGGGGGCCUCGGACUGAGGUCCGCCGCGCGCGCGGCCCAGUGCGCGCACUUGGCGUCCUAG